CCCGGACCGAAAACAAUCUUCUCAAGAAUCAAUAGCAUCCCAUUUUGUUGAAGAGUAUUACAGAAACGACCAUGUGGCCACUGAUUAUGCAAUUCUUCCGGUCAAAUGCGGCGUACAUCACGCUUCCAGUGGCAACAAUAGUUGGUGUAAUUGGCUACAACAUUGAAAGCCUUCUUUCGGAUAAAUAUACCCCGUACAGUGGUUCUAUUCAGGAAAAGCGAGCUGAACGUAUUACUGAUGAAAGUAAACUAAAGGAUGCAACGAAUGUUGAAAAGCUUGUAUACAAAGAGAACGUUUUAGGGCGGAACCUUUCACCAUCGUUAGAAAAAUAGAAAUGAAAAGAUGUUUAUUUGAUAAAUGUAAGCCCCCUUGCACUAUGUAAUUAAAAUAUAAUCGCCGUUUGCAUCGACGUUCCUACUAAAACCUUACUAUCAUUUGAAACAUAAUGUGAAUUGUAUGGUUACGAUCUUCAUCCAAUGGCAUAUU